AGCAUGUUCCAAAACGUAUUCAAUGCUGCUUAAAGAAAAAUUUAAACUCGAAGACAAUCUCAAAGACAUUAACGAAAAAUAUAAACAAUCCGAAGAUAAUUUGACAAGACUUCGUAAAGAGUAUGAAAAAGAAUGUUUCAAUAAGAAUUUAGAAAAUUCAAAACUUCAAGAAAAGUUCAAAGAAAUUUCCGAAAAAUUUCAACAAUCCGAAGAUAAUUUGACAAGACUUCGUGAAGAAUAUGAAAAAGAAUGUUCCAAUAAGAAUUUAGAAAAUUCAAAACUUCAAGAAAAGUUCAAAGAAAUUUCCGAAAAAUUUCAACAAUCCGAAGAUAAUUUGACAAGACUUCGUGAAGAAUAUGAAAAAGAAUGUUCCAAUAAGAAUUUAGAAAAUUCUAAACUUAAAGAAAAUUUCGAAUUAAUUUCCGAAAAAAAUAAACAAUCCGUAGAAGAAUUUGCAAAACUCCGUGGCCAACUUGACGAAUAUUCCUUUGCAAAUUCUAAACUUAAACGAUCCGAAGAAGAGGUUGCAAGGCUUCAUAAAGAACUUAACGAAUAUUCCAAUGCUAAUUCUGAACUUAGACAAAAGUUCGCCGAAAAUUAUAAACAAUACGAAGAGGAUCUUGCGAGACUUCGUAACGAGCUUGAAGAGACGCGUAAAAAAAAAACAUCUUUCGAAAGAAAGCUCACAGCAAUUAUCGAAAGAAAUAAACAAUUCGAAGAAGAAUUUGCAAGGCUUCGUAAAGAACUUAACGAGACGCAUGAAAGUAAAACAAAUUUCGAAACAAAACUCAGAGAAACUUCCGAAAGAUAUAAUCAAGAUUUGAAUUCUAAAAAUCAAGAAAUAAAACAAAUAAAAAUUCAAUUUAAAGACGUAUCAAAUAAGUUGUCUCAAAAAGAAACCGAAAUUUAUGAAAAUCAGCAAAAGUAUGAUGAAAAUAACAAGGAGAUAAGAAGUCUUAGAA